AUGCUGUCGAAAGGAAACACCUCCCCUAUGUUCUUUCGAAUUCUUGCUCGCUUUCCACAGAAUUUUACAUUCUGCUUUGCUUAUGGUUCCGGUGUAAAACAGCAAAUUGGAUACGAUUCGCCCUCCAAAAAGAAGAAUAUGAUCGAUAUGGUGUUCACCGUAGAUAAUUCCCACAGAUGGCACUCUAGCAAUUUGGAGAAAAACCCAGAGCACUAUUCCGGAAUGCGAGUUUUUGGGAGUAGCUUCAUUGCAAACUAUCAAGAACGCUUAGGAGCCAAAGUCUUUUUCAACACAUUGAUACCGAUUCCGGAAGAAAAUAUUAUCAUUAAAUAUGGAGUUGUUUCCACCAAAGACCUCAUGGAAGAUUUAAACAAUUGGUCUAGUCUUUAUUUGGCCGGGAGGUUACAUAAACCUGUUGAGAUAAUUCGGACCGCAUCUAGCUCAAAAAUACAAAAUUCAAUUGAAAGUAACCUGAAAACCGCUUUACAUGCUGCGCUGCUUGUAUUACCUGAAAACUUUACCGAGUUUGAACUAUACCGGGAAAUAUCUAAUUUAAGCUACGCCGGAGAUUUUCGAAUGAUUUUUGGGGAAAAUAAAAGCAAAGUCGACAAUAUCGUACGCCCUCAGUUAGAAAACUUUCGUAAUCUGUAUGAACCAGCCCUAAAAAAUCUGAAAAAUGUUCUUUACCUACCCAAAGCCACCAGUGAUAAUACCAUCUGCACCCAGGACCUCACCGAGCAAACCAUACUUAACCACCUGAAUCAGCUGCCAAAAUGGCCUGUCCGGCUAAUAGUUCAACAGCAAACCAAGGGACGCUACCGACAGGAUGCGGAAGAUAUUCUCACCGCCCUUUCGAAAAGUUCAAACUACAGGGAAAUAGUUUCCCGAAGCUUGCGGUCCAUCGUUUGGCAGAGCAGCGUGAAGCAGUCUCUCAAAAAUAUCCCUUCGGCAGGAUUCAGCAAAUCGAUUAAGUAUAGCUGGGCCAAAGCCCUUAAAACCUUCGAUUAG